CAAUACAAAGCUUGUUCGCUUUUUAAUUCGAUUGGUUCGACCAGCAAACGUUGUGUCACAAAGUGUCAAAAUUGACGGAGCCCUUGUGGAAACUACAAGAUGAAACGAUUGAAGAUAUUGUUUUGUGCACACAGGACCUGAUCGGUGCUCAAGAUUGCCUCAUGUGUAUGUACAGUACAACAAUACUAGCUGGCUAAGAAACUCGAUCGACAGCGCUACACUUUAGUAGCCUUUUAUUCACUCGGCCUGUCUCGGGCUAAGAAAUAACACGGCAAACCUAUUUUCCCUCUCCUUGUUAAUUUAUUUACGUCUCGAGUGCUUCGAUUUCAAUCUGUUUGCCGAUCGAUCUAGUCACUUGAUGUUCCGUCUCAAACACUGAUGGCAAAUUCUACCGCUACAAAGAUUUCCUGUCCUCAAUUUGGCUGCACCUACUCCCCACAGUUGAUGAUUCCUGGAGCUCAUACUCCGUGUUGUGAUUCAGUAAGAUCGCCUUUACACGACGGCUUGUCUUCUCUGUGUCCUUGCCAGUUAGAUCGAGUGCUUCAACACAGAGUUUCAACCAUGCCCGUGAACUUGCUUCCAAGACCGACUUUCAACGAAGCUGGCUUUACAAUAGGCUCCGCUACAGACCUGUCGGCUUUCUAUUCGCCUCUGGCUCGAGCGUGUGACAUCAAAGAAUGGCGAGAUUCAUGGUAUCUAGCUCAAGCCAGCGCCGCUCGACAUCCGUUAGAUGUGCACGGCUUCGAUCCCCAUACCCACACAUCUUGUCCGGGCCUCGGCGAAAGGUUUUCACCGAUCGAUUUGGCUGCAGCAGGAGCGAGACGGAAAAACGCGACGAGAGAGACAACAAGCACACUCAAAGCUUGGCUUUAUGAACACAGAAAAAAUCCUUACCCCACGAAGGGGGAAAAGAUAAUGCUGGCGAUUAUGACGAAGAUGACAUUGACGCAAGUUUCAACGUGGUUCGCGAACGCUAGGCGAAGACUUAAGAAGGAAAAUAAGAUGACUUGGUCGCCGAGGAAUCGGUGUGGCGAGAAAAAAGAUGGUGCUGAGGACGACGACCCUGUCAGCGAUUCAGACGGCGAGCAUAGCUGUAGUGAAGAAGACAAGAUUUGUGAUGACAAGGGCGAAAAUAUAACUAGUAUUAAAGAAACGAGAGACAAAGAGGAAAGGAAAGAAAACAUCCAAUUGAACGCGACCGACAACUCGGAACAGCCCAAGACUGUCCACAAUUCAACCGGCGAGAAUUUACAAAAUAGAACGACAAAUCCUGUGAUUCGAUUCCAAGCGCUGCGUGCUGUUCAGUGCGUAACUACUGGUGACUCAAACGUGGAAGAUUCUCCCGUGAAGAGCUUAAGAAAAUGGGUGGAUGGGUGCUUUCACAACACCCCUGUAAAUGUCGUAAAUACCAGCCCUGCUUCAUGCGAGACCCCGCCAUCGACACCCCCACAGAAGGCCUCUACUGAAGCCUCCGUCAUUAUAUCAGUUCAAAAUUCAACGCCUUCUCUAGUUAAAACAGAGAAGAAAGAAACAGAAUGCUCACCCCAAAGGACACCCUCCUCGCCGACAGACGAAGUAUCGAGGGAAAGGCCUAGAGUUGAAACGCCAGGAGCUUUCAAUCCCGUCAACACAAGCAUAAAUGUCGAGACAACAAACUAUCGAGAAAUUGACGCGGCCCUAGCCUUGACGACUCUUUCAGCUCGGUAGAGGGAGAAAGAAAUCUUUCCUAUAUAGAAGUACUUAAAAAAAUCCUCAGCAUGUGUACAUAAAAAAGAGUGGACGAUGUUUUUUCUAACUGACUAAGUGAGGAUUGCGCGCUUUCAAGAAACAAUUCUGUGUUUAACACAAGAUCUUGUGUCGUUUUUCGUUUGGUGUGGUUGAUGCGUGUGACUAUGAACGCAACGCGAUUUGGGCUGGUAUCAAAUACCUCCCUUUCAAUACUUCUUGUGAUUUUAUAUGAUGUUUCGAGUCGUUGAUAUGUUUGCGACAACAUUGGUUUGCUAAAAGCACUAGCCAAUGCAAAAAUAGGACUCGAAAUUUCGAUUUGUUUGACUUGAGCUUAACACAAAGUGUUACAAGAGCCACUUUCUAUUUGCAGAUUUUUUAAAACAACGGGUUGUAAAUUAGUUGUGUUCCGAAAAAAAAAAAACAGAUUCUAUAGGAAGCUAAACUCACAGUCCCUGCCAUACGAAGUGUAAUAUAGAUGAUUUAAUUUGAAAUUCUGUAGAUAAAAGAGAAUAUUUGUAGGUGAAAAGAAAAUGUAAUUUUGAAAUAAAACCCGCCUUAAUAAAACAAGACUGUCUGAGUGUA